AUGUCCAACCCACCCCUUGUUACUAAUUCAUUCAAGACACCUUAUGUGUCUCUGGAUCUUCUUUCAUACUUGAAAUCUGACCUGCAGGUCACACCAUUCCAAAUCUUCAACGAAGUUAUGAUGCCGGGUUUUGAAGAACACAUAUCCAAUGGCCACAAAAACAGCAACAAGGAAGAUACACAGACGAUACUUCGGGAGAUCAUGAAUGAUCUGAUUCCCAUUAGUAAGGCCUGCGGAAUAUUGCAGAAGUGGCAAGAUGGUGUCAGCCGCGCUAUCGAAAAUUUAGCUUACCAGAGCUUGGAUGAUGCAUCCAGAGAAAGAACAGAGACACAGGAAAACACCAACAGAGACAAUCAUCUGGACAAGCUUAACAGGACCCGCAGCAUUGUCUCCGAGUUGAAGAAAUACGUUUGUUUCGAUCUAGACAGUUUGAGUAAAGAGAUCUCAAAACUCUUUGAUACUCCGGUGCCCGGUGAAGACUCGCAGCCUUUGAAGACCGAUAAUUCGGUUGCAUCAACAAAGUUUCAGGCAAUCUACGACGGUCUAGAAAAGAAAAUGAAGGACUGCUUGCUCUGUUUCUCAAUGUUCCCUGAAAAUGCUGUCAUAAAGAAGAAGGUUUUGAUCCAUUGGUGGGUUGGUGAGGGGUUCAUAGACAAUUUGGACACAGCAGAGACUGCCGAGCAGGCAGGGAACAAAUGCUUCCAAGAGUUUUUGGAGAAGGACAUUAUCGUGCCCUCCUGCAAAGGAGACAGGCCAAGUGCAGACAGCUGCAUGAUGCAGCCUCACAUCCGUCAUGCUGUGAUUAAGCUUGCAAAGAAAGAAGGGUUCUUUGAUUUCGACAGAAUUGACAAACCGACUGAAGAUUCCUCUUGCUCUAAGAGGACAUACCUGGUGAGAACCAUAGAAGGAUCCAAUGUCCGAGAACUGCCAUUCCAUUCAAAUCCGGAGAAGGUUCAGAGUCUGAUCAAUGUUAAUGAGCCUCAUCUUUAUUUUAGACCAAAGUGGUUUUCAAAGAUGAAAAGCGUCAAAGUUUUGCAGCUUGGGAAAUGGCAAAAGUCUGCGGAAGCAGCUGAAACCCUCAUUGAAGUAGAGGACUGUGAAUUCCUGAAAGGUUUGAAGAAUAUGAGAGAGCUGCGGUACUUGAGCCUCCGAGGAAUCUCUAGAAUCACAGAGCUUCCUGCUUCAAUAUGCAAAGCCCGCAAUCUGAGAAUCCUGAACCUCAAUGGAUGUUGUGAUUUGGAGAAACUCCCCCAUGGGAUAGGCUCACUCAAGAACCUGACACACUUGGACAUGUACGAGUGUUACUUGAUAAGCGGCUUGCCUGAAGGACUUGCUUUGCUCUCUAAUCUCCAAGUGCUCAAAGGGUUCGUCAGUAGUACAAGAUCAAGAAGCAAUGACUGUAAGCUAGAUGAUUUGUCAAAGUUGGAGAAUCUACGGAAGCUGAGUAUCCGCAUAGACAGAGAUCACUCUGAUACAGCAGAAAGAGAGCUGAAGUCCUUAGCAAAGUUCAAAAAGCUUCGAUCACUGUCUAUAUCAUGGUCACCAAUAUAUGUCGCGCCUGCCACUCAAACUCUCCAAAAGCUCCGAACUCUUACCAAGAAGCUAACCAGAGCAAAAGGAUUCAAAGGAAUAAAGAAUUGGCCUUCAAUAUUGGCUCCGGAGUCUCCACUAAGUGCUCAUUUGGAGAAACUUGAUCUCCAUUACUGCCCUCAUUCUCAGAUGCCAAAGUGGUUGGCACCGACGCUUCUCAGUAACCUAAAGAAGCUCUAUAUCAGAGGAGGAAGGCUCUCAGAUCUUGGUCAGAAUGGCAUCAAGUGUCAAUGGGAUAAUGUCCAAACAGUACGCUUGAUGUUCUUGGAAGAACUAGAAAUGAACUGGGAAAAGCUGCAAGAAUUGUUUCCGAAACUUAGUUACUUGGAGAUUGUCGAAUGCCCUAGACUUUUGGACCAAUGUGAUAAGUUUGUGUGGAAAAAGGAAGACUCAGAGCAAGCAGAAUCAACGAGUCCCAAUGUUUAG